AAUUUUCACGUCAUAGGUUUGCUUUCAAAUUAAAAAAAAAUCCAAAAACGCAUAUUUUAUUGCUUUCAAAAUUCCUAAGUUCUCUCAACAUUUUCGCUAAUAAAAAUUCAAAAUUACCAAAAAAACAUAAACUAUUUUGCAUAAUAUACUCAAAAUAUAAAUAAUUUGCAAAAAAAAUUGUAAUAGCAAAUAAUAAAGAAAAAUGUCCAGAAAGCUUACACCAACAACACCGCAGAGGGAGUCGAGACAAAGUUGGAGGAGCUCGAAGUCGUCGAACGCUUCCAAAUCAACUAUUAAUAGCAAGACAAAAGUGAAAGCAGCUAUUGAAAAACCGCUAAAAGCCGAAAAAAAUUCGAAAAGAGAAAAAGAUGUUAUUGAAGCAGAAACUGAACUCGAAACCGCAGCAUCAAGGCCAUUACAGCGAGAAACGAGCGCAGAUACCGUAAACGUCAAGGAAGAGCACGACGAUAAAGAUACGAAAAAAUGUUUUGACGAUUGGAAAGAGUUUUAUUUGCAAAUUUUUGGCAAUAUCAAAAGCAAAGCUGAUCUGAUUGUUGCUUUCACGCAUUAUAUACUCAUGAAAAAUGGUUUCAGAUGUCUGGGACUGGGUGAUGAUCGUACCUAUUCCGAAGAUGAAGUGGGCACAAUCUAUAUACCUGAGGGCUGGAAUCAAUUUUCGAAAUAUUCCAUACGUUAUAUAUACAAUCGCAUGCUGUACAUACUUUUAGGCGUACAUUUGGAUCAUCGUUUAUUGAUCAAUUUCCUAAAUACACGCACCAAUGUGGUGACGAAUAUAACCGUGUUUCCUGAGAUAACAGUGCGUGCCACUUGUGGCGGCAGCAUCAAUGUGCUGAUACCUUUCCCGGAGAAACUCGCACAAACUCUCUACAGUAAUUUAAUACAAACGUUUACUGACAUGCAAGCAUGUAAUCGACCGCCGAAGAUAUUAUCACGCACGAAACAACAAAAAAAUCCUUGGGAUGAGCUCGCAGCACGUCGUAGCAAAGAUGUCUACCCCAUAUUGGAAGAGGAUAAUAUUUCGGAAAUUGAGGAAAGUCAACAAGUACAAACUCUGAACGGACAAGGGCAGAGACAUGCCAGCUGGGCGGACGGGAAACCGCAAGCAGCAAGCAUCGAAGUAAUAAAUUCGCUGAAAACCAGACUCGAUGAAACUGUGGAGCCAGUGAAGGAGGCCAUUGUUAGCUAUGUGGAGGCUAUGGUUAACAAUUGGUUUUCUAUUUAUGGCAACGAGAUAAUGAAAAGCGGCAAAUUAGCUUUACAAGAUUUGGCCGAUCAACGUCAAAUGAUUGAAAAAUAUAUGAACUUCGCCAAACCUGUUGCCGAACCGAAGAGUGGUUUCGUCAUUUACAAUACAAAAGUCACGUUGAACGAUAGUAAGCAGAACUUAUUGCGUGAUACUGUCGAGAAAAGUAAAUUAGACUUGAAAGGCAGUUCGAAUUUAAACGCCGAACUGAAAAAAUCGUUUACUGAGACGGCGCACGAAACAAAACUGGCGAAAGUUAAAGAAGAUCACACAAAUAAUCAAAAAGCACCAAUCGCGAUUAAAGAACCUGUAGCGGAAGAGACAUCUAGAGUUAAAAAUCGAAAUUAUUACAAGAGCGUUCGUCCAAGAAUCGAUUCUGGUAUAAGAAAUGAUAAAACUGUGGCAUGUCCACCAACGCAGAGAGCGAAGAAACCGGCAGAGGUGUCAGUGUCUGCUGAGAGAAAUGCACAUAACUCCACAAAUAGUUAUAGAGAGCCUAAAAUUUGUACUAUUUUGAAACCAGCAUUUAAGAAAGUGCGGCUUACGGUAAUGAGUAGCAGUUCAACAGAGAAAGAAAUUAAGAAAGCGUAUAAAGCAUAUGAGAUGGAAACUGCUAAACGAAAUGCUUCAAAUAAUCGAGUAAAAGGGGGUACGAACAUAAAUUCAUCGCAACAAAAUUCCCAAAUAAAUAUCGAUGGAAAAUUAAAGAGUAAACGUUCCAAGCACAAAGCUGGGGUAACUGCAGCACACAGUUCAAAAAACUUAAAAAGCAAUGCCACCAAAUUUUCACACACGAACAGCGUGGGCACAACGGAAUCCCAAGUGAAGCUUAACGGCUCGAGUCCAAUAAAAAAGAUACGCUUCAAUCUGAUCAAAACCAAUGAGACACCAUCUUACCUCUCGAGUUUGUGGCCAAGUACGUACAAAAGUUUAGAGAAUCUACUGAAGAGUUCAUUCCCAUUUCGUGACCAGGCGCGUGAACCCGGUGGCAGCACAGAUCCAAAGGAAUUGUUAAAUAAAUAUGAUUUAAAGCACGAAUUAGAUGGUGUAAUUUAUAGCAAAGACACAAACGACGUCGCCGAAACGCAACAUAAAGCUAAUAAGGAAUAUAUUUAUGAUUUAGACAAGGGUGGAGAGAAUCUAAAUGCUUCUUCUAACUUACUGCAGACGAUAGAAGAGCAUUUCGCCGAGCAAAUCGAAGCGAAGCGUUUAGAACUGCUGGAAAUGGUAAGGCGAAGAGAUCUGCCUGGUAUUAUGGAUAACAACGAAGAUAUAGAAUUGAAGAAUAACUUCUUGAAUGCGGAGCAUGAAGAGGAUGUGGGCUGUUUUGUGCAACCGGCCGAUGAAUGGUCGCAAUGGGAGUUCAAAAAGAAACUGAAGGAAAUUCGAGAAAAGGAAGUGUUGAAUGCUCUCAACAAUAAGAAAGUCAAUUUCAAUGAAUGAUAAAAAUGUGUAAAAUUUGACCGAAUAAAAAAAUAUGUGCAACGGAACAAUAAAA